CAUGACGUCCUUUCCAGAACCGCAAGCUUUCUCCUUGCACUUAGUGUAACUUUUCUUCAGUAUUAGAAAGUCCCAUCAUAUCGAAAUGUUGCGUGGAUUACUUUUCUGAUAUGCAGGAAACGUCUUGUGGGGAGUACUACGACUGGAGCACACGUUCAAGGCAACUGUUUUGACAGGUAAACUGAGCUCCUCUGGAAAUGCCACGGUGCCCUCUCUGAUGUGAGGAUGCAAGCUUACACCCGUGGGGCCCCCACAGUGUUCUUCAUAAGUCUGCUGUGGCCCCUGAUGGCCCCGGUCCUGGUGGAAGUGGACCCCGCAGCAGGGAUCCCCUUCAUGGGUGGGAACUACGACGGUCACCCCAUGCUGUACUUCGGCCAGGCGGAGGUGGAGGAGCUGCAGGCGGCGGCCGCAGGGACACACCGGGAGAUGGCCCGGAGGAUCCGCGACGCUGGGGAGGCCAUGCUGGAGCACCAGGAGGAGUACCUGCCCCCUUGGAGCCCGACGGAGUUCAGCGCCCGCUGGAACGAGGUCUACGGGAACAACCUGGGGGUGCUGUCCAUGUUCUGCCUGCUCUACCCACACCGCUCCGGAGCUCUGGACCUGGCCAAAGACUAUAUGGAGAGGAUGGCAGCUCAGCCUAGUUGGUUGGUCAAGGAUGCCCCCUGGGAUGAGGUUCCGAUGGCCCACUCGCUGGUCGGGUUCGCCACAGCUUACGACUUCCUGUUCGAGUACCUGAGCAAGGUGCAGCAGGAGCGUUUCCUGCAGGUGAUCGGCAACGCCACCCGCUACAUGUAUGAGAAGUCGUACGUCCGUGGCUGGGGCUUCCAGUACCUGCACAACCACCAGCCCACCAACUGUGUGGCUCUGCUCACGGGUAGCCUGGUCUACAUGACCCAGGGAUACCUCCAGGAGGCCUACCUGUGGACCAAGCAGGUCCUGGCCAUCAUGGAGAAAUCCAUGGUUCUUCUGCAGGAUGUGACGGACGGCUCGUUGUACGAAGGCGUGGCCUACGGGACCUACACCACACGUUCUCUGUUCCAGUACAUGUUCCUGGUCCAACGCCACUUCUCCAUCGGACACUUUGACCACCCCUGGCUCCACAGACACUUUGCCUUCCUCUACAGAACCGUCCUGCCAGGGUUCCAGCGGACAGUGGCGAUAGCUGAUUCCAACUAUAACUGGUUCUACGGGCCUGAAAGCCAGCUGGUGUUCCUGGAUCGUUACGUGAUGCGGAACGGCAGCGGUAACUGGCUGGCUGAGAAGAUCCACCAGAACCGUGUGGUGGAGGGGCCGGGCCAGGCGGGCAGAGGCCAGAGAUGGUGCACCCUGCACACAGAGUUCAUCUGGUAUGACCCUAGCUUGGUUCCUCAGCCUCCUCCGGACUUUGGCACACCCAGGCUCCACUACUUCGAGGACUGGGGGGUAGUCACUUACGGAAGCGCUCAACCCUCCGGCGCCAACCGCUCGUUCCUCUCCUUUAAGUCGGGGAAGCUGGGAGGACGUGCCAUAUUUGACAUCGUCCACAGGAACAAGUACAAAGACUGGAUCAAAGGGUGGCGGAACUUCAACGCAGGGCAUGAGCACCCUGAUCAGAACACGUUCACCUUCGCCCCCAACGGUGUGCCUUUCAUCACGGAAGCGCUGUACGGGCCCAAGUACACGUUUCUCAACAACGCGGUUCUGUUCGGCCCUGCUGUCUCAGACUCCUGCUUUAAGCCCUGGGAGGGUCAGGUGACGGAGGCAUGUGACUCCAAGUGGCUGAAGUUUAAGGUGGGCUUGGCAGCGGAUACUCAGGGAAGGGUGGAGGCGGCGCUGGAAAGGCAGGGGAUGGUGUUCAUCCGGGGGGAGGCCCAGUCGGCUUACAACCCUGACCUCAAGAUCCGAGGUUUCCAGAGGAACCUGCUGCUCCUCCACCCGCAGCUGCUGGUGCUGGUGGAUCACAUCCACCUGGACCCCGACAGCCCCACCAGGGCCAUGAGCGCCUUCUUUCACAACACAGACCUGCCCUUCCAGGAGAGUAAGAUAGAUGGUGUGCACGGAGCCUUUGUCAAACAUGGAGAGGACUCUUAUAGAAUGUUCUGGAUGGAUGACACAGGUUUCAGCAACAAAGCAGUUUUAGGGUACUGGAAUUACCCUCGUGGAUACCCCUAUAAUGGCUCUAACUAUGUGAAUGUGACAAUGCCACUAAGGCAGCCCCACACCAGGGUGGCCUACAUCUUCUUUGGGCCUGGGGUGGACGUCCAGAGUUUCAGCCUGCGUGGCGACGCCCAGAGGGUUGACAUUUACCUGGCCACCAAGGACCACACCUACACCAUCUACUUGCUCACCGGAGAAGUCACCAGUAAGCCUCUGUUCGCGAUGGUGCUGGUGGACCAGAAGAAGAUUGUUUUUGAGAAGACCGCAGGAGUGCAGGACAGCCCUCCGGAGGAGGUGGAAGAGUUUGUCAACGUCGUGGAGGACAACCUCCAGCAUGCCAAGCCCGUUUUCCAGCAGCUGGAGAGACACAUCCUGGGGCGUGUGCUCAACACGGCCAGCUUCCGAAAGACCGCGGAACGCCUCCUCCAGUUCUCCGACAAGAAGAAGACGGAGGAGGCGAUCGAGAGGAUGUUCACGCUCUCCAAGAAGCAGGGCAAAGGCAAAGGGGGCAAGAAAAUGAACCUCGGGGACAAGCUCUCUGAGAACAUGCCGGAUAUCUUUGCUCAGAUCGAGGUGAGUGAGAAGAAGGAGAGACAGAAGACAAACAAGCGAGUGUACGAAGAGAGUCCAGAAGAGGGUGAAGGGGACUCACGGGCCUUUAUGGAUUACGGAGACAACCGCAAAGGCCGGAAAGGGGGCUUCAUUAAGGGACGUAAAUACAAGGAAGUUCACAUGGUGGCCACCGCAAGGAGUGACAGUCUGUCUGGCACAGCCUCCUACAUCAGGCUGUUUCUAAUCCUAAACAUAGUCACCUUUUUUCUGCUCUUGACUGUAUUAUUGACACGAUUCCAAAGAGGUAGAAGUCUACACACCCAGAGGUGUUUUUAUGCUGUCCUCCUGGUCGACAGUCUCAUUUUAUUGUAUCUCUAUUCCUCCUGCUCUCACUAUCAGUGUUGAUAUCCUCAAAAUGCUCGGACAAGGGGUCAUGUCAACAGAUAAUCUUCCUUGACAGUUUUUUCUUAUACACAAUGGGUGAAUAUGCCAAAUCACACUUCACUCUGAGCUAGAAAAUUGAUUCCAAAUAGGAAUUGAUCGAUUAUUGAGAUAAAGCCAGACAUCUUUGAGGUGAUAAGCUUCUGUGGAGCUGUAGAAUUGAGUUUGUGUGAACUUGAAUGUGUUCAGUAUGUUAGACUUCCUGCCUCAUAUCAAAGUCUCAAGGCCCGCCACUAAAAUACAGAUAUGUCCCUCUGUAUGUUGUCACCGUCCUGUAUAAUGCAUACAUUUGUAUAUAUGUUUAAACAAAAUGUAUUUUUGUGUUGAUAUUUUCUACGCUUUGUAAUUGAUAAAGAACCCAUGCAGGCU